CUGCAUCUACCUCUGCUGCUGCCACCUACACUGACUGUGUAUAUCAGCACAUAUUUCUCAUCAACUUGCUCACUACUACCUCCUCGAUCUCGGGCCCUCGAAGUACUUCUUGAUCAGAGUCCCACUCAACGCGGCCAGCCGGUUGUUCACCGAGAAUGUCCUCCACAAUGCGCAACGCCGUCCAACGGCGCAACCACAAAGAACGAGGCCAACUUCAAGGCCGUGAGAAAUGGGGUAUUCUGGAAAAGCACAAGGACUACUCCCUCCGCGCCAAAGACUACAACGCCAAAAAGGCCAAACUCAAGCGUCUCCAAGAGAAAGUCCGCGACGCCAACCCAGAUGAAUUCCACUUCGGGAUGAUGUCCAGCAAGCAGGGGAAGCACAGCACGACCAAUCGGGCCUCGGCCGCGGGGCUGAGCCACGACGCGAUCAAGCUGCUCAAGACGCAGGAUGCCGGGUACCUGCGGGUGCAGGGGGAGAAGAUCCGACGGCAGUUGGAGCGGCUGGAGGAGGAGGGGCGGGUGCAGGAGGGGAUCAAGGUUGCUCUUGGCGAGGGGGAUAACAGUACCAAGCAAAAGAAGGAAGGGGGUGGUGGGGAUGACGAUAUGGAUUUUGAUUUUGAUUUUGGGUCUGAGGAGGAGGAUGAUGAUGAAGCCGCAAAGCCGAGGAAGGUUGUUUUUGCAGAGGAUCGCGAGGAGCAGAAGGAUUUGAAACGCGAGAAAUUGAUGCAGAUGGAGAAAGAGUCGGAGAGCGAAGAGGAGGAGGAGGAUGAGGAUGACUCGUUCGGGCAGCGGAAGAAGCAGACGCAAAGAAAAUCGCGGAAGCAGAUCGAGGCCGAGCGCCAGGCUCUCGUCGAGGCCAGGCGCGCCCGCAAGAUCCGGAAGCGCGCGGUCGAGGCCAGGGAGAACAAAGUCAAGGCCCUCCAGAAGCAGUACAAGGAAAUCACCGCCGCCGCUCGCGAGCUGGACUGGCAGCGCGGCCGCAUGGACAACGUCGUCGGCGGCACGAAUAAGAACGGCGUCAAGUGGAAGAUCCGCGAGCGCAAGCGCUGAUCAUCAUCUGCUGUUGGUUCCAUCGCUGCUCCAUGACUGAUGAUUUUACAUCGCUUGCUUGCUCUGCAUGGGUUGGGUCCUACAAAAGUUGCCCGUAUUUUUUUUGUUCGCUUUUCCAGUGGUUUGGGGUUAUAGAUCGCCAGGCGUCCGAGAUACCAAUGUUCUUCAUCUUGUACAUUUCAUCAGAGAAAAUCAUAC